CACUAGUCUCCAAACCCCAAAACCCCUCGCCUCGCAGCCAUAGCGAACACCACAGCUGCCAUGAAUCUCAUCUUUGCCUCCUUGGCCACAACCUUCCUCGUUGUCCGCGCGCUCUCCCGCAAAUCUCUAACCCCAACUGGUGUUCUCUUCGCCAUUUUAACAGCGGUUAUCCACGCACUACACCCAUGGAACCUCCCUUUCGUCUUGCUAAUCUCAUUCUACGCUCUUGCGACGGCAGCCACUAAGGUUAAACAUGAAGUGAAGGCUAAGUUGACUAUAUCCUCGUCUGGAGCGCCGGGGGGUGAGGGUGCUAGGAAUCAUAUUCAGGUCCUAGCGAAUAGUAUCGUCGCGUCGGUGCUCGUUCUAGCGCAUUGUUACCAGUUGCGAGUGAUUUCCUUGAACGGCUUCGCGCAGCGGGAGGAUGUGUGUUUUCAUGGGGAUAUUUUGGCGAUUGGGAUUAUCGCGCAUGUUUGCAGGAACUAUGCCGCGACAUUGGCAGACACGCUAUCCUCGGAGCUGGGAAUACUUUCCAAAACUCAACCAGUGUUGAUAUCUACCCUUCACAAGACACCCCCAGGUACCAAUGGCGGCGUCACCUUAUUCGGAGUUUUGGCAGGGGGGGUCGGUUCCGCUAUCAUCGGACUUAUCUCAGUGAUUUUACUGCCGUAUUGCCCACUGCCGACAGAUGGGUACGGCAUCCACCUUCCAAAAGGUCGAGCACACGUUUCCUUUGGCAACAGUGGUAACUACGGCCCAACCUGGGGGAUAAAAGAAAAGGUCCUCUUUGUAGCAUUUGCCACAAUAGUCGGUGUCUCUGGAAGUCUUCUUGACUCUCUCCUCGGAGCGGUAUUCCAAAAGAGCGUUGUAGAUAUUCGUACACAGAAAAUUGUUGAAGGGCCUAACGGGACUACAGUCCUCGUUCAACCCUCAUCAACACACUUCCCAACUCGUGCCCGUAUCCACUCGCACCUUCACCAAACACCACAGCCCGCCGCAGCUCCGAUCCCCACUUCUGCCGCUUCGAGAAACGCUGUUGCUGCGGAGAAAGAUGAUGCGCUAGGACACGAGCAGGAGCACAAGCCCAGUCGAGCGGUGAUCUCGGGCUCGAGGUGGGGUGUGUUGGAUAACAAUCAGGUUAACCUGGCCAUGGCGGUUUUAACCAGUGCAGGGGCUAUGAUUGCUUGGAGGAUUGCAGGAUUAGCGGGGUGUGAUAGUAUAGUUGCUCGGGGGUUAUCGGGUAAUGGGCUUAGCACGGUUUGCUGA